AUGACGACGACGGUGGCGAAUUCGAAUCCGAAUUCGAAUAGCAUCCGGGAGCUGAAUUCCCAGCUGACUCAAAUUGUGAACGAGUUUGAAGCUGAGAAGAAAAAAGGUGAAGCAUUUGAUCUAAUGUGGAAGGCUAGACAGAAUCAUUACUGGUGGGAAUCCCCAAUUGAUGAGCUUGGAUUGCACGAACUUGAACAGUUAAGGGAUUAUAUGAAGGAUUUGAAGAAAAGCGUGACAGAACAAGUUGGUAAGUAUGAGACUAAACCAACAACAGGGGUCAAUCUGGGUUCAAUGACAUCCAAUUUCUACGGCUUUGGAUACGAUCACCACCACGGGCUAUUUUGA